AAUAUAAAUCAUACAUGAGUGAGUCGAAGAUGGGAGGGGGUUGUCCAAGGCCCAAGUCCAGUCUCCCAGAAAGCAACAGAACCAUCCCAAGCCUCGACUAGCAGAUUCUACCACUUUAAAACCCCGCAAAAUCCCCAACCCCACCCCUCUCUUUUCGCAUUCCACCCCUCACCAUGGCCGCCGCCUUCGAAGCAGCUGGUGGCCGGAAGGGCAGCUGCUUCUUGGAAGUCGGCCGCCGCGAGAUCGGCUCCUCCUUCCCCCGCGCCUCUUCCCGCCGAAUCAGCGGCUCCGAGCAUAUAGUGUUGCGGAUGUCUCAGUAUGGAAAAUUGCGUGGUCAUGAAGGCUGUGUUAAUACCGUAAGCUUCAACCCUGCUGGUGACCUCCUUGUGUCCGGUUCAGACGACACGAACAUCAUACUAUGGGACUGGCUUUCUAAAACUAAAAAGCUUGUUUACCCUUCCGGCCACCAAGGAAAUGUCUUCCAUGCUCGUGUGAUGCCAUUUACUGAUGACAGCACCAUCGUAACUGUUGCUGCUGAUGGUCAGGUACGAGUAGGACAACUGAAGGAGGGCGGUGAAGUCACAACAAAACUAGUUGGGGAGCACGAUUCCCGGGUGCAUAAGAUGGCUAUUGAACCAGGAAGCCCUUACAUAUUUUACAGUUGUGGAGAGGAUGGCUUGGUACAGCAUUUUGACUUAAGAAGCGUUUCAGCAACAAAGCUUUUCACCUGCUAUUCUUUCUUUAAUGACAGACGCCGUGUAAGACUGAAUAGCAUUGCCAUUGACCCACAGAAACCUUACUAUUUUUCAAUUUGUGGUUCUGAUGAGUAUGUACGGUUGUAUGACAUGAGGAGAUUCCAGUUGGAUGAUUCAAGAAACAUUAACCAGCCUGUAGAUACCUUCUGCCCUAAGCACCUUAUUAAGGGUGGGAAGGUCCACAUCACCAGUAUUGCAUAUUCCUAUGCAAGGGAGAUACUUGUAUCCUACAAUGAUGAGCUUAUCUAUUUGUUCCAACAAAAUAUGGGUCUUGGUCCAAAUCCUGUGUCAGUAGAGCCAGAGUUUAUCAACAUGCUUGAUCAGCCACAAGUAUACUCAGGUCACAGGAAUUUUCGAACUGUUAAGGGAGUCAGUUUCUUUGGACCACAUGAUGAAUAUGUUGUGAGUGGAUCAGAUUGUGGGAAUGUAUUCAUAUGGAGGAAGAAGGGAGGUGAAUUGAUGAGGAUGAUGAAUGGUGACACAAGUGUAGUUAACUGCAUUGAACCCCACCCGCAUUUCCCGUUCAUGGCUACCAGUGGGAUUGAUAAAACUGUUAAGCUUUGGACUCCUGCAUCGAAAAAAUUGAUGUCACUGCCUAAAAAUGCAAACCAAAUAAUAGCCUCCAAUGAACGUGGGAGAGAAAUUGAUGCUUCUCGAGCAGGAGUGACACUUUCAUCUGAUGUCGUCAUGCAUGUGUUGAGGUUACAUAGGAGACAGUCUGGACUGCAUAUGGAGAAUGAAUCAACUAGUGCAGAUUUGUCCAGUGAUGAUGAUGAGGCUUUCUACAUUGGAUCUGGUGAUGCGGUAAGGAGCCGAAGGGAAAACUCUGAUCCCAGGGAAUGCAUUGUGACAUAGCUAAAACAUCUGGUGAAUUUUUUCUUUGCUACCUGGCCCUGGAUCCAUGUUGGAGCAAACUGGAUAGGUCUUUUAGAUUGCAGUUCUACAAACCAAGCCAAGGUGUGCUGAAUGGGCAUCGUACACAUGGAGGAGCAAUACUGGUCACAGGUUGUGAUGCUUAGUGGAGAAACUAAACGGGUAGGGCCACAUCGUCCACUCGUUUAUUCUGCUGUAGUUUUUUUUAUUGGCAUUCUGCUGUAGUUUUAACAAGCAUGGUCAACUUUCUCAAUUGCCGUAUACCGAGUCAGUACUAAAAUAAAUUGUGCCCCCCACCCCCAGGCAGCUUGUGUAAUUAUGAACUGUAGACCUGAAUUGUGGUGAUAGUCAUGCGACAUGUACAGAGGUUUUCCUUGGCGCUGAAAUAUUGAGAAUUUAUUGUUUCGUC